GGCUGGGAGAAGGAAAAGGAACUAGACUUAGCGGAGCCACUUCCUGCCGGAAGUGCCUGCUGCUACGGUUUCUCCGAAGAGCCGAAAAUGGCGCUCGAUGUUCGGGGGAUGGAAGAUGGUGAACUCUCCGAGUCGGAUUCUGACAUGACGGACACGGUAACAAAUAGCGACCAGCCCUUGCAGUCCCCGCAGACGAAAAUACAAGAUGGCAACAUUUCAUUCAGGCCUUUCCAGAGCAGCAUUUCAGUCUCCCCAGUAUCAAAUUAUCGAACUAUUAAGGGUGUAGAAUCAAGUGAGGAAAGCUUUUCUGAUUCAGAUGAUGACAGCUGUCUUUGGAAACGAAAGAGACAAAAAUGUUUUAAUCCUCUUCCCAAACCAGAGCCUUUUCAAUUUGGACAGAACAAUCAGAAACAGCAUAUUAUGGGAGGGAAGAAGAUCAACAACAUAUGGGGUGCAGUGCUACAGGAACAGAGUCAGGAUGCAGUAGCUAAUGAACUUUGUAUACUGGGAAUGGAGGGCAACAUUGACAAAAGCAGACAGUCAGAGACUUAUAAUUAUUUGCUGGCUAAGAAGUUAAUGAGAGAAUCACAACAACAGACUGGAAAACUAGACAAAGAAUUAGAUGAAUAUAUGCAUGAUGACAAAAAACCAAGUACAAAAGAAGAAGAAAAUGGACAAAGCCAUCUCAAACGUAAACGGCCUAUUAAAGACAGAAUAGGAAACAGAUUAGAAAUGAAUUAUAAAGGUCGAUAUGAGAUUACAGAAGAGGAUCCUGAAGAAAAAGUAGCAGAUGAAAUUUCUUUCAGACUUCAGGAACCAAAAAAAGAUCUGAUAGCACGUAUAGUAAGAAUAAUUGGAAACAAAAAAGCAAUUGAACUGCUGAUGGAAACUGCGGAAGUGGAACAAAAUGGUGGACUUUUAAUAAUGAAUGGGAGCAGAAGAAGAACACCAGGUGGAGUUUAUCUAAAUCUAUUGAAAAACACACCAAGCAUCAAUGAAGGACAAAUUAAGGAAAUCUUCUAUCUUGAAAACCAAAAGGAAUAUGAAAAUAAAAAAGCUGCUAAAAAAAGGAGAGUACAAGUCUUGGGGAAAAAGAUGAAGCAGGCUAUUAAAGGUCUUAAUCUUCAAGAAUACGAUGAUGCAUCUCGAGAAACUUUUGCAAGUGAUACAAAUGAGGCUUUGGCUUCUUUGGAUGAUUCACAGGAAGCACAUGAAGAAAUAAGGUUAGAUUCAGAAGAAACCUUUGAGAUUGAUCAUUCUGUUGAUUUGGAGGUCUUUUAAUAACAUCUUUAAUAACUAGGGGAAUAAUUUUUUCUAAAAAACAGUGAAGUUAACCUUUUUAUUACACUUUUGACUACUUAAUUUGUUUGCCUUUGCACAUGUUACCUAAUUAAAAGACAUUUAUUUUCUAUUUUGAAGAAUACUGUACUUGAGGGAUGAAACUAAUAAGAAAUGUUACCUGUUGUUUUUAAGUCUUGUCUGGCUAAAUAAAAAGCUGAAGUGUG